CGCAAUCGUUAUCGUACCACCAGCACCAGCACAAUUCACCACGUGGUUGUGGAGGAAGCAAUUUGUUUUUAUUCCGGUUCAUUCGACGAUUUUGAGAGUUCUAUUUAAUUUCUGGCUCUUGUUGGAUUUCAUUUUCCGUUGAAAUGGCGAAAUUGUGUUUAAAGAAAGCAAGCAAACGGAUCCAAGCUAGCAAAAGGUACAAGAUUGAGAAAAGGGUCAAAGAACACAACAAGAAAUUGAAAAAGGAAGCCAAAAAGAGGGACAAUAAAGUCAACAGAAAACCAGUGCAGAUUCCCAAUAUUUGCCCAUUCAAGGAAAAAAUUAUCGCUGAGGUUGAGGCGCUGAAGGCGCUCCAAGAAAAGGAAAAGGAAGCUAAAAGAGAGCAAAUGAGGGAAGAGAGAAGUAAGCAAAAGGAAAUUUUGGCCAAGGGUGGACUCGAGGGUUUGGUGAACAGCGCUGAACAAAGAAACAGCAAACACGAAACGGAAACCAACGAGCACACAGACUUCCCCGGAAUCUUUACAGACACGUCGGUCAAAGCUUUCUACAAAGAGUUCAAGAAAGUUUUGAACAACGCAGAUGUCAUUUUGGAAGUUCUUGAUGCUCGAGAUCCUUUGGGCACCCGAUGCCCAACUGUGGAGAAAGAAGUUGUCGAAGGCGCCGGCAAGAAAUUGGUCAUUGUCUUAAACAAAGCUGAUUUGGUUCCGAGAGAAAUUCUGAACCAGUGGUUGAAAUAUCUUCGACGCAGCUUCCCAACUGUACCUUUUAAGGCAAGUACUCAGCAGCAAGGUCAGAAACUGAGCACUGGUGGAGGAAGGAAGAGGAAAAUGGUGUCCACACUAACGCAAGCCGAAAUGGAAGGUUCGCCCUGUGUUGGUGCUGAACUCUUGAUGAGCCUUCUUGCUAAUUACUGCAGGAAUAAAGACAUCAAGACAGCCAUUACUGUAGGCAUCGUUGGUUUGCCUAAUGUGGGAAAAAGCAGCAUAAUCAACAGCCUCAAAAGGGCAAAGGCUUGCAACGUUGGAGCUCUUCCAGGAAUUACGAAGACCAUGCAACAAGUUCAGCUGGACUCAAGGGUCAAGCUGUUGGACAGUCCUGGAAUUGUCUUUGCAACCGGAGACAUGUCUGAUGCUUCGAUUGCCUUAAAAAAUGCUCUUCGUCUGGAUAAUCUGCAGGACUUCUUCAAACCUGCCGAAGCAAUUCUGCAGAGGGCUAACAAGGACCAACUGAAAUCUAUUUACAACAUUGACGACGACUUCACUUCUGCGGACCAUUUCUUAGCCCUGAUGGCUAAGGCAAUGGGUCGGUACAAAAAGGGAGGCGUUCCCGACGCACGGGCAGCUGCCAGGACACUCAUCCAUGAUUGGAAUACGGGUAAAAUCAAAUACUACGUCCUUCCUCCCGAAGAAACCGAUGAAGACGUACACAUAAGCUCUGCAAUUGUGAAAGAACUGGCCGAAGAGUUUGACAUCAAUCAGAUUGCCAGUGUUGAGAAAACAACCAUGAACAAUUUGGGCAAACUUGCUCCUGACAGUGCCAUGCCUGUUACGUCGGAUGGUCCUGUCACUGCAGUUUUUCCCGACCUAUCGAAGAUCGCUACGGAAACGGAGGUGCAAAUGGCCGAAGUUGAUGAAGAGGAGGAUGAAGAUUUUGAGGACAUGGAGGAAAAUGAUGAGCCAAAGGAACUUAUUGCUAAGAGAGUGAGAGUCGUGGCGACUAAAAAAAGGAGGAAGGGCAAGGCCGGUGCAAAGGGCGAAAAGGCUGACCCUACAAUGGAAUUGGAGGGAAACCUGAAGGUCGGGAAACUGAAGAAGAUGCAGUUUAAGAAGGCCAAAAAGGAUAAGAAGAGACAAGCGCGAUUGUCCAACAAGAUGGAGUGAACUUAUUUAAAUGUGAGAAACCUCCUAUCAAUAAAAAUUUAUCAAAUAUAUUAAUUUUAUAA